AUGGGCGUCGAGAGGAAGAUAAUUACUCGUGGUACUGGCCCCUCGCCUGCUUCAGGCGAUAAGGUCUCGAUCCACUACACAGGCUGGCUCUACGACGCUAAGAAGUCCAACAAGGGUUUCCAGGGCAAGCAAUUCGAUAGCUCCAGGUCCCCAGGCCGUGGCCCUUUGAAUGUUCAGAUCGGUGUUGGAAAGGUCAUCAAAGGUUGGGAUGAAGGUGUCUUGCAGAUGAGCCUUGGCGAGAAGUCCACCCUCGUCAUUAGCCCUGACUAUGGAUAUGGCGACAAGGCUGCCGGCAAGAUUCCUGCGGGCUCCACUCUCAUUUUUGAGGUUGAGCUUCUCAAGAUCAACUAA